UACACACACAUAUACACACACAAAACCCCUUCUCCACUUGGCAAACAACACAACAAGCACUGUAUUUACCAGUCUGCCUUCAGAUAGACCACCCGGGUGGAGCACAGACACUGACAGCAAAGGACUUCCAUCCUAUUGGAUUUGUUUGGCUUUAGUUGAUUUGAUUUUUGGUGGCACCAUCUUGGUUUUCUGCGUCCUGAGUGACUUUUUUUUCCACUUUGAUAUUCAUUGCUGUGCUGGAACAUCAUUCCGCUGUGAAUGCUGAGGACUGUGUGUGACCCUCAGAAACGAGGAGGUGAAGUGGUAACCAUGUGGAUCCCGACCCCCAGCAUGACUCUCCCUCAGCGGAUGGUGCUGUAUGGGACGUGUUUUGUGGCGCUGGUAAACUCUGUGGGCCUUCUGGUGCUCCUGGUCCAGCAGAGUCAGCAGCAGGUCCGGCUGGAGCAGACGGAGGCAAGACUGACAGAGGUGGAGCAGAGCUCGGUGGUGGAGUUCCUACAGGAGGUGCCCAGAGGAGGAGCGGGGAUGCGGGCGAGCAAAGUGGAGCAGCAGCAGUACCAAUACCAGUACUCCAGGAACAAGAGGAGUGAGGGGCUAGAGAAAGAGCUAGAGCAGGAGCUGAGGGAGCCUCAGCAGGGGGAAGGACUGGAGCUCAAUCAGCAGGAGGUCAGCCAGGAGGUGGGAGAGGAAACAGAGAAGAAGAUGAAGGAUGAUGUGAAACACAAGCAUCGGCACAGCCAGAGUUACCACAAGGCACAUGUGCAGGACGACAUGAUGAUGAUGAUGACUUACUCCAUGGUCCCGAUCAAACUGCUGAUCGACAUUUGCAACAGCACCAAGGGAGUCUGCAUAGCCGGACCCCCAGGGCCGCCUGGUUUGCCUGGUAUGGACGGUAUGCCUGGCCACAAUGGGACUGAUGGCAUCCCAGGACUGAAUGGACAGCCCGGGGCUGACGGAAAACGAGGAAAAAGAGGGCCCCCUGGUGAGAAAGGAGAACCGGGCGAGAAAGGAGAGCGAGGCGAGCCUGGUCCCCCUGGAGAGAAGGGCCAACCAUCCAAUGAUGUCAUUAUUGAGGGUCCUCCUGGUCCUCCAGGACCUCCUGGGCUCAUGGGCCCUCCUGGACCUCCGGGCCCUCAGGGGCCUCCCAGAAUAAGGCACCACAGAGCCCACCUACAAGCUGCUCAGACCCUGGGGCCGUUACAAGCUAUUCCAAACGAUGAAACCUCAUCUGUGAAGGAGACUGGGAUUCUACAUGAGAAGCCAGUAAAGAAGAAUGAGUGCCUGAUUAAGUCUUUGAUCAACCCCAGGAAUGUGACAAAGAUGGAAAGCACAUUUGGCAUGUGGAUGAAAGACACCGCUCAGCUGAAUGAUGAGCGUAUAUGGGUGGCAGAACACUUUUCUGGUCGUGUGGUGAAGGAGUAUAAAAGCAUCGCCUAUUUCCAGAACAAUAGCAGUGAAAUUGUGGACGUCAGAAAGUUCUUCCAGGGCUGCGGCCACACUGUUCACAAUGGUUCCUUCUACUAUCAUAUUGCUGGCACUUCCAGCAUUGCCAGAUUUCACUUUCAAAGCAAGAGGCUUCACACUCUCACUAUAGACAACGCUUUGUACCACAACCUCGCCUACCUGCUGCAAAACUCCAAGACCUACUUCAAACUGGCAGCAGAUGAGAACGGCCUGUGGCUGAUUUUUGCCUCCAGUGUGGAUGAGAACAUCAUGGUGGCCCAGCUGGACCAGAAGACCUUCUCCAUCACCUCCUACAUUAAUACCACCUACCCCCGCACCAAGGCCGGCAACGCCUUCAUUGCAUGUGGAGUUCUGUAUGUCACCGACACCAAAGACACCAGAGUCACCUUUGCUUUUGACCUGCUGAAGGGCAAACCAGUCAAUGUAACCUUUGACCUGAGGUCUCCGGGAGGAGUGUUGGCCAUGCUGUCCUACAGCCCAAAGGACAGACACCUGUAUGUGUGGGACCACGGCUACGUCAGGCUCUAUGUAGUCCACUUCAUCUCUGACGAGUGAGAACCAACAUGCAGUACUGGCAGAAUAUAGGCAGACUGUUACAUAGUCAGAGCAAAAAAGCCUGCUGACUACCAACUAUUCGCUCAAUCUUUGUAUCCGAAACAGAUGAACAUGUCAACAUCUCAACUUUAUCAUCCUGUAGAGCAUUCCUAUCAGCUGAACAUAUAACCAGUUAUUAUAAAUCAUGGUACCAGCCAAUAAUUAUUGUGAUGUGUAAAAAAUAAAAACAGUGCUGUAUUUGUAUCCUAUUCCCAAUGUACAUGUGAGAUUUUACUAACAGUGUGAUUUUUUUUUUUUUUUGCAUUUUCUAUCAAACAGUUGUACAAUUUAUACAAACUCGACUUUAGAGACCGUUUUGUGUUGUAAGUCAUAUUAUUUUGUCUUUGCAUGAUUUAGUGAAUGUUAUCUUACAUGUUUUUUUUUUUAUAGAAUUACAUAUUAUCCACCC